AUGCUGCAAGUCCAACCAUGCGAACCAAAGCAAGAAUCACAAAAUAUUAGGCCCAUCAGAGGAAAUUCACAGAUGCAAGAAACACUACGACAAGUAAACCCAAAACUUACAAAGAAGAAUCCCGAAGUAUUUAAGCCACCACGAGUUACACCAGAUCAGGAAAUAUUUCAAAGUCAAACGAAGCAAGUAUCAGUACACCAAACACCGCAACGUGUCACGUCGUUCAAAGAAAACUUAAAAGCGUUUAAUCAGGACCAAACCACAGAAUUUAAACGUAUGCUCCAAAUCCAAGCGUGCAAACCACAGCAAGAUUCAAGACCCAACAAGCAAAAUCCCAAAGUAUCUAUACAACAGCGAGUCACACCAAACCGUGAAAUAGUAUCAGUUGAAAUACAAGGACUACAAAACCAGUUAAAACCUAUAUUUAUCAAAGGAAAUCUCGAAGUAUCUAAACAACAGCAAGUCACCCCAAAUCAUCAAAUAUUACAAGUUCAAACACAGAAAGUACAACGACAGAAAGAACCAAGCGUAAUCAAAGCGCAAAAACAAAAGAUUCAACGGCACAAAGAUCCAAGUCCUAGCAAGAAAAAUUCACAGGUAGUUAAUCAACCAAAAAGAAUCAAUCCAACGGGGAAUCGCCAUAUAACACAAGUUAAAAUUCCAGAUACACAAGGAUACGUAGAACAACAUCAAGUUCAAGAUAUUGAAACACAACAAGGUCAACAAAAGGUUACAGUAAUCAAAGAUCAUACCAGACGAGUUCGAUUGACUCAAGGAACCCCAAGUCCGACACAAUCAUUGCAACAAGUUUCAAUUAACCACGAUAGUCAACGAAAGCAACAGCCAGAAGAAGGAAAAAAUGAUUCCACACGUCCGAAGGAUAAGAUAGACAAUCCUCUGAUACAAUUACAGGAACUAAGUCUAGAAAUUCCAAAACCAUUCAGCACCCAAAAACUGCAGAAGCCGAUGAAUAACUUAGAUGUACUUCAGCAGAAGGACUAUGAUCUUGUUAGUAUACACCAAGAUAAAUUUUUCAAAAUAUUCAAGAGCCCAAAGAAACGGCACAGAAAUCAUGCAGGCAGAUAUUUCUUCGCUCAACAAGCUUUUCAACCCGACUUAUUAGCAACAAAUAUUGAUGAUAUGAUUGAACAGUUAAGAGUACUCGGUGCUUUCUAUAAUCAUCCAUUUGAUGAGUAUUUGGAUGAGGAUGGACAUCUGGAAAAAUUACACAACAUCUUAACAUUUAUGUAUAACUCGACAACAUAUCCUUCACGAGACAUACUACUCGAUUUAGCACCUAAUUGUAAAGAUUUAGUCCCAAGAAGUUUGAUUUUCGGAACACCAACAGAUACUGAUAAUCUAUUUCAAAAAAGCUUAACGCCAUCUAGUCCAUGUUGUAUGUUUAAUUAUAUGAGAGACGGUUAUAGCACCCACAAUAGAGAUGAAUUCUAUAAAAAUAUAAAAUUUGAAACAAAUUCUGUACUUAAUAGUGUCCAAUUUGUAUUACAAAGCGAUCUGGACUCAAAUAUUACAUAUACGGAAUUUCCAAUGAGUGUUUUUCAGUUUUAUAUAUUUCCAGCUAAAGAGUAUUUUAUUCAAACGAAAAAAAAUGGUGAAAUUUUUGUAAACCAUAACUCAAUUGUUGAGAUUCCAAUUCAACCUAUAUUUUUAGAAUCCAGCAAUUCUAUAAGAAAAAUUUCUCCACAGAAACGUAACUGUUACUUUCCUGACGAAGGAGAAAAAGUAUUAAACCAGUCAUAUUACUCACUGGAUGAAUGCUUAUUAAUUUGCCGUAUGAAAAGCAUGGUAGACUACUGUGGAUGUGUAAAUGCACCUUGGCCAACGUACAUUAUUAAUGCGAGCGUAUGUAACCUUUUGGAUGUACCUUGUUUAACCAAGUGGAAAAAGCUGUGGUAUAAUUUUAACUAUUUUGAUUAUGUGGAUAACCAGAGUAGUCAAUCUAAGUCUACAACGAACAGUUGUGCUCACUGUUUGCCCACAUGCAAAGGUGUUAACUUCGAUGUAUCUGUCAACGAUCUACCAUUACGAAGAGUUGUGUCGCGUUACGGAACAAGCUACAGUCAUGGUCUACUCAAGGACUUAAACAAUGAUCAACCUCUAGCCGUGAUUAAAUUGUUUUUUGCAAAACGCUUUGCUCAGGCUACUGAAACGAAUGUUGUUAGCAGCUGGGUUGUCCUAUUAAAUCGUUUUGGUGGCAUAAUGUCUUUAAUGUAUGGCUUCAGCAUAAUAAGUUAUAUUGAGAUUAUAUAUUACCUUUCAGGCAAAUGGUUUGUCUACUGUAGUCAAAAACGACAAUCGAGUAAGCUAAGUUCAAAAAUAACUACACUAAAUAGAUCGCAGCUCCAGUUAAACCUGCAAAUAGAGCCAAUCAGUUGGAUCGGGAAGCAAUGA